AACUGCACUUUACCCUGUCUGAUGCUUGAUUUUUUUCUUUGUUUGUUUUGUGUUCAUUACUAAAAUUUAUCAUACAUCUGACCUCUUGCUUCACCUUGAUCGAUGUGCUUGUGCCAAUUACCGAUAGCUUUAAAAGGCUCAGAGAAGACUACAGUGUGGCAGCAUGACAUCUCCCUAUGCAGCCGUACAGUUCUGCCCAGAGCACGCCUUUCAACGCAGAUUGCUUGAACCAGCAGCGUGUCUCUCAUGGACUGAGGGAUCGUUCCUAGCCUCCAUGUCCCAGAGUCAGAGCUCACAGGGAACUGAUUUACUUGGGCCGGACGUUUUCAACCAGCUGCUGGAGAUGCUGGACCAGUCGGCGUUACAUACCGUUCAGCCCAUUGAGCUGUUAAACUUCUCAGAAAGUGCAUCAGGCAGCUCUCCAUCCAACACCAUUCAGAUCAGCAUGGACUGCAUCACCAUGCAUGGCUCUGAUGAUCAUCUUGCAUCGCAGUACACCACUCUGGGGCCUUUCAAUGGCAUGGACCAGAAUGGCGGCUCAACCUCCACCAGCCCGUACAAUAACGAUCAUGCUCAGAACAACGUGACUGCACCGUCGCCCUAUGCUCAGCCUAGUUCAACCUUCGAGGCUCUGUCCCCGUCACCUGCCAUCCCAUCCAACACAGAUUAUGCUGGCCCUCACACCUUUGACGUGUCCUUUCAGCAGUCCAGCACAGCCAAGUCAGCCACCUGGACGUACUCCACAGACCUCAAGAAGCUGUACUGCCAGAUCGCUAAAACAUGUCCCAUCCAGAUUAAAGUUCUGACCAACCCACCUCAGGGAGCGGUCAUCCGGGCAAUGCCUGUCUACAAAAAAGCUGAGCAUGUGACUGAAGUGGUCAAGCGAUGUCCCAACCAUGAGCUCAGCCGAGAAUUCAAUGACGGCCAAAUCGCACCGCCCAGUCACCUGAUCAGAGUGGAGGGCAACAGCCACGCCCAGUAUGUGGAAGACUCUAUUACCGGGCGCCAGAGUGUUCUGGUGCCAUACGAACCCCCACAGGUGGGAACUGAGUUCACAACCAUCCUUUACAAUUUCAUGUGCAACUCCAGCUGUGUGGGUGGAAUGAACAGACGUCCCAUCCUCAUCAUCGUCACACUGGAAACCAGAGACGGUCAGGUUUUGGGUCGCCGGUGUUUUGAGGCUCGUAUCUGCGCAUGUCCCGGACGUGACCGCAAAGCAGAUGAGGACAGCAUUCGCAAGCAGCACGUCACUGAUGGCACAAAAAGCUCUGAGGGUACGAAGCGCCCUUUCCGCCAGACUCACAGUAUUCAGAUAUCCUCCAUCAAGAAGAGAAGAUCCACCGAUGAGGAAGUUUUUUGUUUGCCUAUUAAAGGCCGUGAAAUCUAUGAGAUUUUGGUGAAAAUCAAAGAGUCUCUGGAGCUCAUGCAGUAUCUCCCUCCGCACACCAUAGAAUCGUACAGGCAGCAGCAGCAGAGCCUUCUGCAGAAACAGAGUCCGCUGCCUCCUCAGUCACCGUUCGGCUCCACCUCUCCUCCACACAGCAAGGUGAACAAACUGCCAUCAGUCAGCCAGCUAAUCAACCCACAGCAACGCAACACACUCACCCCAUCCAGCAUGGCCGGAGGACUCACAGACAUGACCCCCAUGAUGAGCGCCCACAUUCCAAUGAACACGGAUAUGAGUUCACUGAGUCCCACUCAUGCCCUGCAGCCGCAGUUACCCAUGGUGCCCUCCUCUCACUGCACACCCCCACCGCCGUACCCUGUGGACAGCAGUAUCUCUAGUUUCCUGUUACGGUUGGGCUGCUCUUCCUGUCUGGACUACUUCACAGCCCAAGGCCUUACCAGCAUCUACCAGAUUGAGAACUACAACGUGGAGGACCUGUCCAGGUUGAAGAUCCCUACAGAGUUCCAGCACGUGAUCUGGAAGGGGAUUAUGGAGCACCGGCAGAGCAUGGAGUUCUCUCCCCCUGCACACAUCCUGCGAUCGUCCAGCGGGGCGUCCUCGGUGAGUGUGGGCUCCACGGAGGCGCGUGGUGAGCGCGUGAUCGAUGCCGUGCGCUUCACCUUGCGCCAGACCAUCUCUUUCCCACCGCGGGACGACUGGACCGACUUUUCCUUUGACCUGGACUCGCGCCGCAACAAGCAGCAGCGCAUCAAGGAGGAGGGCGAGUGAGCGCGCGCAAACACACACACACACACACACAACAAAAUGUCAUACACACUGUAACUACCGCAUGCCGCACACAGACAAAACUUUGUACAGCUUUUACCAAGUGUUUGAUUUCACUUAUAAGCAUGCCAAUUAAAUGCACUUAACGGCUCGUGUUUUUUGGGUGUAUUUCGGUCUGCUUGUCAUUUCAAGCCCCUAGUUUGAAGCAGGCUACUGUAGCUUUAGGGUAAGCGGUGCUUCGCCGUGUUUGGUUUAUCAUUUAAUAUUUCUUGAGACACAGCACUUAAGAAAUGCUGAAGUGUUGGUAUUAUUUUGAGCUGUUGGCAUUCAUUCUCUACAGAGAAGAACUAAUUUUGGGGGCUAUUUUUUUUUUUAUACCUGGUGUCUUUUUGGAUUGUAAAGAACCUUUACUCCAAUAGGAUUCAUAGUAUUAUACUGUAUGUUAAUGUGUUUGCUGUAACACUUUGUUUCAGUCUGGUGUUACUUUGAUAACAUUUGUGUUUUAUUUUUAAUUUCACUUAAAAACUUGAUAAUACUGGAGUAUUAGCUCUCAAAACUUGGACGAAUUCAAACCCGUCACUCAAGUGACUUUUCCAGUAUUUUAAUGGCAUCAUAUUGUACAUAUUGUUUUUUUGUUGUUUUUUUUAAAACAUACAUAUAAAUUUUGUAAAUAUUCACGGUGCUUAUUUUGAUACCAUAUAAACCAAAAAAAUAAAAUAUCAUUACACUA